CGUGGUGAGAUGCCCGCUGAGGGUCAUGUCUCUAUAGUGAUAGUGCGCUACCAUUCCACACAGGCGGAUACUGUUCAAGAGCUGUCAACCCAGGGGGCCCACUGUAGGAAACAGUCCCGCUCCGAUUGGCGCAGGUACCCUUCACUAGCGCCCUCUUAUCCAACUUCGCAUGACCUUUUAUACUUUUGUCUCUAGGAAGUAUACUCCUCAAGCAGAAGUCUAACACAGCCGACUCACUCUCUGUCAUGGACGAAGAAGAGGACAUCGACAUAGCUGCGGCUAUGGGCUUCUCCUCGUUUGGGGGAACCAAGAAGCGAAAAUUCGACCAUGAAAACUCACCAAAGGCCAAAGCCGAUGCAAGCGGUGCAAACUCCACCAAACUCGGGGUUAGAACGAAGAAAGUUGCUAGUGGAGAAGCGGAUGAGCCUGAGGCUUCCGAGUCAAAGAAGACGCCGGCAACAGAUUCUGGUCUUGCCAGCUUCCUAGCACGUGGUCAAACCCUUCCGGAAACUCCCCUUGGCGCUGCUAAUGGCGCUGCUCCGAACGAUCAGUCUGCAAUGGAAACUAUGUCAUUUGGCGGACCUCCCAUUUCGAGAGCAGAUCUAAAUGCGCUUCGUAAUGGAGUUCAGAAUGAGAACGGGGACACGGCCUAUUUUCUACCAAGCUUCGUUGAGGACCCUUGGGCCAAGCUCGGAAAAGGCAACAGUGGAUGAUAAUGCAAAACAGCUCCACGAAUCAGGUUACUGGCAAGAUUGCAUCAGAACUUUAUGGCAUCUCAUUGGAGAGAUUGAAGUUGCCAUGGUGUUCUACCGAGUAUUGUUGUAGAGCCAUCAGGGUCUAAAAGCGACCAAAAGGCGGUGCUUCAUGGGUGCUUACGCACGUUGAUGUAUUCAGAUUACUGCGCCUUUGUCAAGACUAGUGUAUAUCGCACACCCAUCAAUCAGGGUAGUGCGAGUUAUGGCCAUGUUUUGUUAGGCUGGAAAAAGACGAAAUCAUUUGUAACGUACCAAUCAGUUGAAAUACAGUGUCUAGAACUGAUUAGCACUAGCUUAUCAGCAAAUUGACUAAACAAAUAGUUGUGUAAUUCAAGAGCUGUCGAAUAGUAUCUCAAUCAGAUCCG